AUGGCGUCCUUGAAUACCACUCAUACCACUACCAGCAUCACCCACGAGCGCGAAGAACCCGCUACCAUGUCCGAAAUGUCCGCAUCCAUCGUGGCCGCCCCCGAGUAUCCUCCUACCCCCCUCGCCGACCGCUUCAACGUCUACGUGACCAUCAUCCAGCCAACCCGGGCCUGUACCCCCAACCUGAUGCUCAUCUUCGACCAGCAGCCCGCCGCACGCCGGGGCACAACCGUUUGGUACAUCAGACCCCAGCGCGCUGCCAGCGGAUUGCCCAUGGUCCCGUCCCGCUUUGAGAUGGUCGGCGAACGGCUCAAAGAGAGCUCUCGAAUCAACCCGAAGGUCUUUCUCGGCUCGUUCCCUCGUCAGGAACGCACCCUCGCGCAGGAAUGGGCCCCUGUGAUCGUGUCCCGCAUUGUCGACGAGGGUUAUCUUGUCACCGAGCACCCUGCUUGGGUUGCCCGGCAGGGUAUCCAGCAGAUUGCGUCGCAGCUGCAGCCUUUCUUCAACCCGCUUUGGCCUGGCAGACUGGCUGCUCUCGAACUUGAUGGGUUUGAGAUACCCAAGCGGGCUUGA